AUGGGACAGGCUUCUUCCUCACAACGCGAGGACUUGCUGCGAAGGGCCUCCCGGCUGGACGCCAGCUCAACUCGUGACAGGGACAUGGAGGGAAAUGAUAUCAGUAGAAGAGCCACCCAUCAGUCGUCAGGGAUACAUUCAAGCUGGAAUGGAUCUAGACGUGAAUACGCAGACUCUGCCAUGGACUCAGAUGUUGGAGCAGUGAUGGAAAGCUGGAGGAACGAGCGACCGGCCUCGCCUUCGGGAACAGAACAGAACGCCGAACUUUUAUCCCUCCCGUCUUUCAUGGCCUCUCCCUCGUCUCCCAUGGAGGACGUGGAGAUGCCUGAUGCCGAUAACAUAUCCUCUCCAAAUCCAUCUAUCGCUGCUCGAAGCUCCUAUCUUUCCCGUUUGUCAGACAGGGUCGCACCUCGUUACCUUGGUUUGUCCCGAGACGAUACAGACACUGGCCGACAACGAACAAUACGAAGAAGAUUGUCUGAAAGACUCAGCUUUUCGCCACAAAAUCAGGAGCAGCCAGUGGAAUCGAGUCGCAGGCUUCCGCCCUUGUCCUCCUUGUCCUCUCGCGUUUCUUCGUCCCCCUUGUUGAGAAGACGCCGACAACCCACUCCUGGUGCUAGAGUUCCUUCCGCCAGCCCAGGGCCUCUCGAAACUCUUUCACCUUGGAGAGGUAGCUCACACCCUCCUGAUUUCAGUUCCUCCGCGAAUGAAGUGCCCUCUUCCAUAAAUAGAGCUUCCAGAAGAUCAUCGCGUCUUAUGAGGCUGCGGGAAACUUUGUCGAUGCCCUUUCCGACACUGUUCCCUAGUAGCAACACCACAGCCUCUCGUGGAACCGGAAGCAACAAUGGGUUGGCACCACCGAGGUUCGGUUCUAACGAGCAUUCCCUCUCGCCAGUACCACAAUUACCCCUGCCAGAUUUUGAGCUGGACGACGCCGGUGGGCUUUUACGCGAUCCUCUGUUCCAGACGCCAGAAGAAGACCACACAUUUGCUGCACCCGAUGAUCAGGAAAGUGGACCGACCAGGAAUGAACGAGAGAUUCGAAGCCUGCCGGAAGUCCUGCGCCGAAGACGUUCUCGAGCCCGACCAGGAGAGGAUCAAGCCGCCAUGCUGACAAGACUCCUUUCUGUUGCUGCUGCGGCGACCGCCGCAUCUCUUAUGGGUCAUCGCGAUCGCAAUGUUCUCAAUGCCCAAGGGAUCAAUGCUGAAGGCGCUGAAGGCAGUUUCGAAGAGUUUUUGCAAGACAUUCAGAAUGGAAGGUUGACUUCUGCACUGCGAAAUAGCGGUUCCGAUUCCCCCGGCCGUGCAGACGGACCUUCUCCGGACAUACCCCCUACCCCUUUCAAUUUCAUUCGCAUGUUCCGCUUUCCUAGUGUCACUGGCACGCAAGGCAGUAAUAGAGCACCCACGGCGGGACAAAACGCACCGGCGAACUUUGGUCCGCAGGAUCAGCAGAAUGGGCAAGCAGGGUCUGAGAAUGGGAAUGGAGAUGGGAGACAGAAUGCCGGCAUGGUACCCGUCAUCAUUGUUGGCAUUCGAUCCGUCCUUCCUGGGCCCGAGGAGGGAAACAUGACGCCUCCCUUUAUGGACACCUUAUCAGAGUUGACAGCGCCGGCGAGACCACAAAGGCCGGAGAACGACGGCGACGUGCCAAGACGGUCCGAUGGCAGAUCAAUAUUCGGACAUCGCCGACGGGCUUCCAUGGGUGGCUUAGGAACAUUCCCCUCAAAUUAUGACAGCCAGCGCUCUCCCGAACCUCGUCGGCCGAGAUCAGGUGCGAGGCCGGGUGAUCCAUUUACAUCGUCACCCCCGCCACUGUCGUCGGACACCACUACGGGCUCCGGACGGUCAUCAACUUUUGAUACUGAAGACGGUCAUACCUCUUCAAGAAGUCGCCUUCUGAGCAGACGCUCUUCUACCCCGGCAGCAAGUUUGGCCCAUAACCCCUCUCCAUCGCGACAGAUUGGAUCCACGGAAGCUUUGAAUCAAACCCGGUCUGACGAUGGUGCGCAAAGUCCCCACUCUGGAUCAACAACAGCGCGCCAGCGUGGUCUCGGCGAUUCUGAUCAUGUCCGCCACCGUGAACUGGGCUCUGGAGCUACACGGCGAAAUGGGGUAGUUGAACCUGACAGCGGUCGAGGGCCCGAAAGUCCGAGAAGCUGGAUCAUUUACGUACUUGGAGGUAGCUAUCCGGAGGGGCAUCCGAUUCUCACGACGCCUAGUUUAUUCACCGAUAAUCCCACCUACGAGGACAUGCUUAUGCUCUCAUCCCUGCUCGGGCCAGCGAAGCCGCCUGUUGCUAGUAGAGAAGCUGUGGCUUCUGCACCAGGAGUUUAUCGGGUUGCAAAUGAUGCGGGCUUGUUGGUUGCAGUAUCGGUCAAUGGCACCGACAGGAUUGAGAUCGCGCCUGGAGAAAGAUGUCUUGUGUGCUUGUGUGAUUACGAGGCGAAUGAAGAAUUACGGCAAUUGACCAAAUGCAGCCAUCUUUACCAUAAGGAAUGCAUUGAUCAGUGGCUGACAACUGGACGAAAUUCCUGUCCUCUGUGUCGUGGACAAGGCGUCGAGGACUCGCUCUCCUCUGCCCAAGCCGGACAGUCACAACCGGUUGUGCCAACGAGCCAACCGUCUUCAACUUAA